AUGUUGUUAAAGCAAGCAAGUCGUCAGUGGUUUGAAAAACUCACUGCUUUUUUGCAUUCUCAAGGUUUUGUUCCUGCUCAUGCUGAUCACACCUUGUUUACCAAGUCCACUUCAACAUCAUUCACAGCUCUUCUUGUUUAUGUCGACGACAUCAUCCUGGCUGGUACAUCCUUAACUGUGUUUGAUGAUUUGAAGAAUGCAUUGGAUCGCACUUUUCACAUUAAGGACCUGGGUCAGUUAAAAUUCUUUCUUGGUCUUGAAGUGGCUCGUUCUUCCAAGGGCAUUACAUUAUGUCAAAGAAAAUAUUGCUUGGAGCUUCUACGUGAUUCAGGCCUUAGUGGCUGCAAGCCUGCUUCCACUCCUUUGGAUGCUUCAAUUCGCCUUCACCAAGACAAUAGCUCUGAUACCAUAUAA